CUAGAUGAUGAGUUUGGUCAUAGAAGAUGUUUUCCCAAGAAUUCACUUGGUUUUUUUGCUUCAUUGCUGUAGUGAGAAAGGCGAGCUGCUUUUUGCUGAGGAGUGAGGGAUAGUGGUGAUCAUGGCUGCACAGUGAAGGUGAUGCUUGAUGGGGGUGCUUGUUUUGGUGACGGAUUGUUUUGUUCAAGAGUCGACCUUUACAGCUGUGUUGUUUUUGUUGUCGCCGUUACUUGGGUGCUCAACGUACAUUUUCACCACGACACGAGCUUCCUGAUUACCAUCUCUUCCUUGAGUACUUUCCACCUCCAAGUCUUCUUGUUUACACCUUCACAAUGGCUGUCACCAACCAGCCCCUGAUCAUCACCCCUCCUGAACAGAGCCGAUCUAAACCAUCAACACAAGACUCUCCAGUCAUGGCGUCAAAGACAGAGCCCCUGGUGGACUCUAUCACAGACGAUCUCUCCAACAUCGCGCUCGCCACCAGUAAUUCCGACAAUUUCACAGAGAACCAGUCCAACGAUCUCACCACUGAGGAGGUCUGUGUCAUUGACCUCGACGAUCUAUGCGGCAGUUAUCUUUCGACUGGAGAAUCGAACUAUGUCGCCGAUAACAAGAUCUCCGCUGCCAACAACGAAGAUGUCUCCGAGACUAAGGCUUUCACUAACCAGUCUGACGACAUCCUGGACACCAAAGUCACCUGGGCUAAGUCUGACAAGAAGAAGUGCACUAACUGCGGUGGCACGGCUCCGAAGUCACACUGCGCAGGCUGUCACCAAGCCCCCAACAUUGACGGCACUCUUCACAUCAGUGUCCAGUACUGCGGCAGAGAAUGUCAGAAAGCCCACUGGUCCGUCCAUCGCAAAGAGUGCAAAAACCUACAGGCCAGGAAGGCGUUGUUCAGAGCUGGUUCACUCUUACAGGAGAUGUGGUACGCUGUUCGCAGAGAGUCCUUUGACAAUGCAGUCGUCAGAGUCGAGGAGCUUGACGGUGCCCUCCUUGUGUAUGAAGGUGACUACGAUGUUGAGCCUGCCAUGAGAGACGGUGGCUUUUAUCGCAAAUUCCCCGAGGCCAUCUUUGAGAACAAAGAGGACGCAGAGUCAUGCUUGAGUCUCUUGUUCUGCAACGAUUCCUUGAAUCACAUGCAUCAAGUCGUCGAGUGGCUCCUCAAAGACAUCUGCAAGAAGAUCACAGAUUGUCUGGUGAAGGUGAUCACGCCUGUGCGCCCGACCCGUUACGCACGCGACGAAUGGGACCUGGACUGGUUUCAUCACAUUUUCAAGGCUGUUCUGCCUUCAGGAGAAACUUACGCCAUCGAUCUGACUGGAGCACAAUAUGGCUGGUACGAGCCCAUCAUUCACUGGGCCAAGUACAUGGAGAGGUGUAAGCAGGUCAUCACCCCCACAAAGGAAGGAGCCCCACUCGGCAACAUGGCUCAUACUAUGUUGUCUGCGACUUUCUCUGACGCAAGAGAUGACCGUACCGACAUGCAGCGCGCAAUUCCUAUGUGCGGUGAAUGUCUCAAGCUCCAAUUCAACCAGGCUUUUGCAGACGUCAGAGAACGUUACAUUCCCGGUUACAAUCUGCUUCGACUUCCUCAACCAGCCUUCAAAGAGACGGAGGAGGAGAUCCUCUCGAUGGCAAAGCGCAUCACCAGAGAUAGUGCUGAGAAAGUUGAUGAGCUGUUCCCUGUGAUUCUCGGCAAUACACAGAACGCAAAUCAGAUGAUGAUUGAGCAUCCUGAAAUGCCCAAAGGCCAGUUACUUGCAUACCACUUGAUCCAGCUGGCUGCCGCAUUCAAUGGUGACUGGGAGAGGGAUGCCAUCACGGGUCGCCUGGUUCCGGUCACUAUGAAGCGAAUGGCGGAGGAUAACGAGUAUAUCGACAAACUGAAGAGCGGAAAAUUGCCUGAGCAAAAGGCUUGGAGUGACAUGACUCUGUUGUAUGAGUGAGAGUCACUCAUCGACUGACCUACGUCUAAGUAUUGGCUGGUGGUUCUCUGGGUUGAAGCGAUCUAUUGUUGAUCAAUCCGCGGCGAUGGAGCAGCAUCAACAGAAUGUCAGACAUGGGUGAGUCCUUGAAAUGGCCUACAGAAAACGCGUUAUGUGCUCGGCAGGAACAUGGCUCGAUGGAGCAGGAAGAGUUCAGGAAGAGCAGACGUGACGGGGUUGAAUGCCAAGGGAGACCCCCGAGCCCACGAAGCGCAGCGCCACAAGUUUAGAUUAGCUGCGCCACAAGAAUUAAAGGCUGCGUAAGC